ACCGCGCGGCGUCCGGGAGCGGGACCCGCAGCUUGAGUCUGGAGCGCCGGUCGCGGGAGCCCCACUGUGCAGCCGGAGGGACACGUGGCCAUCAGUAAUCAUGAGCAACCCAUUUGCAUACCUUGCUGAGCCAUUGGAUCCUGUAGAACCAGGAAAGAAAUUCUUCAAUUUGAAUAAAUUGGAGGGUUCAAAAUAUGGGCGCUUACCAUUUUCCAUCAGAGUUCUCUUGGAAGCAGCCAUUCGGAACUGUGAUGAGUUUUUGGUGAAGAAACAUGAUAUUGAAAAUAUUCUUCAUUGGAAUGUCAUGCAGCAUAAGAACAUAGAAGUGCCAUUUAAGCCUGCUCGUGUCAUCCUGCAGGACUUUACGGGUGUGCCCGCUGUGGUUGACUUCGCUGCAAUGCGUGAUGCUGUGAAAAAGUUAGGAGGAGAUCCAGAGAAAAUAAACCCUGUCUGUCCUGUUGAUCUCGUAAUAGAUCAUUCCAUCCAGGUUGAUUUCAACAGAAGGGCAGACAGUUUACAGAAGAAUCAAGACCUGGAAUUUGAAAGAAAUAGAGAGCGAUUUGAAUUUUUAAAGUGGGGUUCCCAGGCUUUUCACAACAUGCGGAUCAUUCCCCCUGGCUCAGGAAUCAUCCACCAGGUGAAUUUGGAAUAUUUGGCAAGAGUGGUAUUUGAUCAGGAUGGAUAUUAUUACCCAGACAGCGUCGUGGGCACAGAUUCACAUACUACCAUGAUUGAUGGCUUGGGCGUUCUUGGUUGGGGUGUCGGUGGUAUUGAAGCAGAAGCUGUCAUGCUGGGUCAGCCAAUCAGCAUGGUGCUUCCUCAGGUGAUUGGCUACAGGCUGACAGGGAAGCCCCACCCUCUGGUAACAUCCACUGACAUUGUGCUCACCAUUACCAAGCACCUCCGCCAGGUUGGGGUAGUGGGCAAAUUUGUCGAGUUCUUCGGUCCAGGAGUAGCCCAGUUGUCCAUUGCUGACCGAGCUACAAUUGCCAACAUGUGCCCAGAGUACGGAGCAACUGCUGCCUUUUUCCCAGUUGAUGAAGUUAGUAUCACGUAUCUGGUGCAAACAGGUCGUGAUGAAAAUAAAAUAAAGUACAUUAAAAAGUAUCUUCAGGCUGUAGGAAUGUUUCGAGAUUUCAGUGACCCUUCUCAAGACCCAGACUUCACCCAGGUUGUGAACUUAGAUUUGAAAACAGUAGUGCCUUGCUGCAGUGGACCCAAAAGGCCUCAGGACAAAGUUGCUGUGUCCGACAUUAAAAAGGACUUUGAGAGCUGCCUUGGAGCCAAGCAAGGAUUUAAAGGAUUCCAAGUUGCUCCCAAACAUCAUAGUGACCAUAAAACCUUUAUCUAUGAUAACACUGAAUUCACUCUUGCUCAUGGCUCUGUGGUCAUUGCUGCCAUUACUAGCUGCACAAACACCAGUAACCCAUCUGUGAUGUUAGGGGCAGGAUUGUUAGCAAAGAAAGCUGUGGAUGCUGGCCUGAACGUGAUGCCUUACAUCAAAACUAGCCUGUCUCCUGGGAGUGGUGUGGUGACCUACUACCUACAAGAAAGUGGAGUCAUGCCUUAUCUGUCUCAGCUUGGGUUUAACGUGGUGGGCUAUGGCUGCAUGACCUGCAUUGGCAAUAGUGGGCCCUUACCUGAACCUGUGGUAGAAGCCAUCAUGCAGGGAGACCUUGUAGCUGUUGGAGUACUAUCUGGGAACAGGAAUUUUGAAGGUCGAGUUCACCCCAACACCCGGGCCAACUAUUUAGCCUCUCCCCCCUUAGUAAUAGCAUAUGCAAUUGCUGGGACCAUCAGAAUCGACUUUGAGAAAGAGCCACUGGGAAUAAAUGCAAAGGGACAGCAGAUAUUUCUGAAAGACAUCUGGCCGACUAGAGAUGAGAUCCAGGCAGUAGAACGUCAGUAUGUCAUCCCAGGGAUGUUUAAGGAAGUCUAUCAGAAAAUAGAGACUGUGAAUGAAAGCUGGAAUGCCUUAGUAGCCCCAUCAGAUAAGCUGUAUUGCUGGAAUUCCAAAUCUACAUACAUUAAAUCACCACCAUUCUUUGAAAACCUGACUUUGGAUCUUCAGCCCCCUAAAUCUAUAGUGGAUGCCUAUGUGCUGCUAAAUUUGGGAGAUUCAGUAACAACUGACCACAUCUCUCCAGCUGGAAAUAUUGCAAGAAACAGCCCUGCUGCUCGCUACUUGACUAACAGAGGCCUAACUCCACGAGAGUUCAACUCCUAUGGCUCCCGCCGAGGUAACGACGCCGUCAUGGCACGGGGAACAUUUGCCAACAUUCGCUUGUUAAACAGAUUUUUGAACAAGCAGGCACCACAGACUAUCCAUCUGCCUUCUGGAGAAAUCCUUGAUGUCUUUGAUGCUGCUGAGCGAUACCAGCAGGCAGGCCUUCCCCUGAUCGUUCUGACUGGCAAAGAGUACGGUGCAGGCAGCUCCCGAGACUGGGCAGCUAAGGGCCCCUUCCUGCUGGGAAUCAAAGCUAUCCUGGCUGAGAGCUAUGAGCGCAUUCACCGCAGUAACCUGGUUGGCAUGGGGGUGAUCCCACUUGAAUAUCUCCCUGGUGAGAAUGCAGAUGCCCUGGGACUCACAGGGCGGGAACGAUACACUGUCAUUAUUCCAGAAAACCUCAAACCACGAAUGAAAGUCCAGGUCAAGCUGGAUACUGGAAAGACCUUUCAGGCUGUCAUGAGGUUCGACACCGACGUGGAGCUCACGUACUUCCUCAACGGGGGCAUCCUCAACUACAUGAUCCGCAAGAUGGCCAAGUAGGAGACCUGCACUUGGUGCUGUACCCAGGGAGGAAAGUAUGCACCAGCCAAGGCGUUGGUGCCAUUCCUGUAGGCACAAAACCAGAAGUUUUUACAUUCUCUAUUUUUGUUAAAAACUCAGUAGUGCCAGAAACAGAGAACCAAGCUUGUCUUUAAAGUUACUGAUCACGGGAUGUUGAUUUUUCACUGUUUGUUUCCUAUUAAUCAGCUGAACACAAGCAAACCUUCUCAGAAGGUAUGUACCCUCUUAUUGUUCCUCUCUUAUACUCUACUCAAUGAAACUUUUCUCUUGAGGGUCAUUUUGCUUUCUAUAUUAUACCAGUGUUAACUGACAUGGACCUAUAUAAGAACUUUUCACACUUCAAAUCAGAGCAGUGAUUCUCUCUCCUUUUCCUUCAGAGUCAAUCAUCCAGACACCUCAUGGACAAUUCGGGUGUUGGAGUUUUUUUGAUUUGUACCUUUUGAUAGAUCAGCAUAAAAAGAAAUGUGAAGUUGUCUUUUUACUAUCUUUUCAUUUGUCAAGAGGAGACCUUUGUUGGGAGGCAGUUUGGGAAAACACAACAUUUCUAAUAUGAAUGAAAUGAAAUCUAUUUUCAAUGAAAA